AUGCAGAGAGGGACUACUCCACAGUGCGAAACUCUCUCUCCGGUGGUAACACGACGUGUCUCCGCAAUAAAGCAAAACUGGCCCCUUUGUUCUUCAGAUUCUUCACUAAAUUGUGAUGACAUGGAUAGUAGCGUAAAAAAAAGGGGCUUUGGAAAUAAGGCACUUUGCUAUAGUAUGUGGAUAAAUUACAAGAAUAUCUUAAAUUCAAAGCCUUUGUGGACUCCAAUUCAAUUUGAAUUGUAUGAAACCGCUUUCACAUUCCCGUUAAAAAAGCAUAGUUUUCCACAAACCAGAUUCCCUAGAUCCCUUGCUCUCUCACAGUUUUCAGCAAUUGCAUGGUCCCAACUGCUCAAAUGUGUCUAUAUGUCUGUCAGGUUGAUGUUGACUCUCCUCUAUUUAUUCCUUUCCAAUUUCCCCUUUCAUUUCCACAAACAACUUCUUUCAAGGGAAAUGGCUCUUCUUGGAUUUCUUCUGGGACUUUUCUACAUGGUGUCACAUGUCAAGGGUUAUGGGGGUUGGAUCAAUGCACAUGCCACUUUCUAUGGAGGAGGUGAUGCUUCUGGAACAAUGGGUGGGGCUUGUGGUUAUGGAAAUCUCUAUAGCCAGGGUUAUGGAACUGAUACAACAGCACUGAGCACUGCACUGUUCAACAAUGGUUUGAGCUGUGGUGCAUGCUUUGAAAUUAAAUGUGUGAAUGACCCACAAUGGUGCCUUCCUGGCUCUAUCGUAGUCACUGCCACAAAUUUCUGUCCACCUGGUGGUUGGUGUGACCCUCCCCAACACCACUUUGAUCUGUCUCAACCUGUUUUUCAGCACAUUGCUCAAUAUAAGGCUGGAAUUGUGCCUGUAGUUUACAGAAGGGUGAGGUGCAGGAGAAAAGGUGGAAUCAGGUUCACCAUCAAUGGCCACUCUUACUUCAAUCUAGUCCUUGUGACCAAUGUUGGAGGUGCUGGUGAUGUGCAUUCUGUGUACAUCAAAGGGUCAAGAACUAGAUGGCAAGCCAUGUCAAGGAACUGGGGGCAGAACUGGCAGAGCAACUCCUACUUGAAUGGCCAAAGUCUCUCCUUUGUAGUCACCACCAGCAAUGGACACAGUGUGGUGUCAUACAAUGUUGCUCCAGCUGGUUGGUCCUUUGGGCAGACCUAUACUGGAAGGCAGUUCAACUACUAA